AUGAUCCACGUGCAAAUUAAAGAAGCUGAAUUGAAACCUUUAGGAUUAACAGAAAAAUCAGAAUGGAAAGAACUGGAAAUUUUUAACUACAAUGAAACGAUUGGUAGUUUCUUCGUCAAAAAUGAUAACGGUACUCAAACUUUUCUCAAAGAAAACGUUGACUACGGAUUCCCAGAUCAGAUAAGAUUAGAAGACGUACGUGCACCAGAUAGUUUCGUGAUCACGGGUGUCGCAUUUCAAUUUUUUGAAGUACCUUCGUCGCAAGAAUCCUAUAGUGGUUCACUACAGCUACGGAUUCGUGUUACGCCUUUUGAUUAUUUUGAGGGCAGAUUAAUUAAUGAUAAUCAAACAAAAUGGUUAAGUACGGAAUGCGAUGCAUGGAGAUAUGAUUCCGAACUGGACCUGGGGUAUCCAGAUUUACUGACUAAAUCACCAAAGAACAAUAUCUACUGGACAAAUGGCGGUUACGUAAAGUUUCAGAAUUCGGAUAUGAUAAAAGACGCUGGACAAUCAACAGUACCGUUUUUUGACGCUCAAAAUGUUGAGGGUGAUCCUGAAUUUCCUUUGGGGGGAAUUGGAGUUUUGCAUCGUGGUCAUGAUGGCUAUGGCGGAUUUUUGAUUUUUCAAAUUUUUAAAACUAGGUUGUCAAAUGUUUUUAAAGGCGAUUUGUACGAUGCAUAUCCAUCUCCAAAUGUUUUUGUGGAUAAAUGA